AAUCCCGCCCCUUCGGUCUGGGCUGCCUGGUGGGCUAGGCCUGCGUUUGCUGAGGGAGCGGAGUGAGGGCUGGGAGCAGCCAUGAUGGAAGGCUCGGACGACGGCCCAGAUUUCCUUUCCGAAGAGGACCGAGGUCUUAGAGCAGUUACUGUAGAUCUGCAAACUGAUGCUGCCUUGCAAGUGGACAUCUCAGAUGCUCUUAGUGAAAGGGAUAAAGUCAAAUUUACCGUCCAUACAAAGAGUUCUUUACCAAAUUUUAAACAAAAUGAAUUUUCAGUUGUCCGGCAACAUGAAGAGUUUAUCUGGCUUCAUGAUUCCUUUGUUGAGAAUGAAGACUAUGCAGGCUAUAUUAUUCCACCAGCACCACCCAGGCCUGAUUUUGAUGCUUCAAGAGAGAAAUUGCAGAAGCUUGGUGAAGGCGAAGGAUCGAUGACUAAAGAAGAGUUUACAAAGAUGAAGCAAGAACUAGAAGCUGAGUACUUGGCAAUCUUCAAGAAGACAGUAGCCAUGCAUGAAGUCUUCCUGUGUCGUGUAGCAGCUCAUCCCAUUUUGAGAAAGGAUUUAAAUUUCCACGUCUUCUUGGAAUAUAAUCAGGAUUUGAGUGUCCGUGGAAAAAAUAAGAAAGAGAAACUUGAAGACUUCUUUAAAAACAUGGUUAAGUCUGCAGAUGGUGUCAUUGUUUCAGGAGUAAAGGAUGUAGAUGACUUCUUUGAACAUGAAAGAACAUUCCUUGUAGAAUAUCACAACCGUGUCAAGGAUUCCUCUAUCAAGUCUGAUAAAAUGACAAGAUCCCACAAAAAUGUUGCAGAUGACUGCAAUAGAAUUGGUUCUUCAUUAUAUACAUUGGGAACACAGGACUCCACAGAUAUCUGCAAAUUUUUCCUGAAAGUAUCAGAGUUGUUUGACAAAACGAGGAAAAUAGAGGCACGUGUGUCUGCUGAUGAGGACCUUAAGCUUUCAGACCUUCUAAAAUAUUACCUAAGAGAAUCACAAGCUGCAAAGGACCUUCUGUAUAGAAGAUCUAGGUCAUUAGUGGAUUAUGAAAAUGCUAACAAGGCACUGGACAAAGCAAGAGCCAAGAACAAAGAUGUGCUACAGGCUGAAACUACUCAGCAAAUUUGCUGUCAGAAAUUUGAAAAAAUAUCUGAAUCGGCAAAACAAGAACUCAUAGACUUUAAAACUAGAAGAGUUGCUGCAUUCCGGAAGAAUCUAGUAGAACUGGCUGAAUUGGAACUGAAGCAUGCUAAGGGUAACUUACAGCUGCUGCAGAGCUGUCUGGCAGUGUUAAAUGGAGACUCAUAAACCAGAAUCUGUCCUCCUAUUAAUAAGGGCUGCCUUCCACUGGAGUUUACUUUGACUUUGACUUGGCAUUUACAACUUGCUGGAGAAACUGGUUGACAAAGGACGCAUAAACAAGCUCCUCAUUAUUUUCUUCCUGAAAAAAGUAUAAGCCCAUCAGAGUAAUUCCAGAUUAAUGAAGCAACAGCAUAUUUGUUAUACACAAAUAUUCACACAUUAAUUUAAUCACUGUAUGCUCUUAUUGUUCAGAGAACCAAACAUUCUAGUUCUUCUUCUUCUUUUCUUUUUUUUUUUUUUGGUGGAAGUAGCCAAUAGAAUUAUGAUCUUGUUUAAGGCUAGUAUUAAAUAUUGCUGCCACUCUUUAUUUUACUACCUUUGUAAUUUCUGAAGUUGAUUUGAAAAAAAUUGCUUCAAAUUGAUUAAAUAUUGCCACUAGGUGUUUGAAUAUUGUUGCUAUAAGGCAUUGUAUUGGUUAUUCCACAUGAUGUUAUAAAGCAUCUUAACUUUUUUUCAAAUAACAAACAUUUCCUAGACAUUUUGGAGCAAACUUUAUGUAAUCUUUAUAAUAGGACUUCAAAAGAAAAGCAAAUGCAUUACUAUGUUUGCCUUAACUUGUAGACUAAUCCCAAUUAUUGUAAAAUAAACUGUGAAAUCAGUGAUUUUUUUUCUAAAAUUCUGUAGUUGUUGUAUCAUUGUCUUGUAAUUUUGAAACCAAGUGAAUUUAUAAUUUUAUUUGCUUUAUACUCAACAAUUAAUUUUGUAAUUCCCCUAAUAAAUCAAGCCAUAAUUACUUUAAUAA